CCGGCAGCCGACGGAGAAGACGUAGUAUCCGUCAUAUUAUUAUUCUUUAUUAUUCUUCUUACUCACUAUUUCGUUAUUGAUCCAUACGAUACGCACAUCAAUACCCACAGCAUUUAUAACUAUUGGAUAAUCAAAAGUUGUGGAUAUUUUUGUGUUGCAGGUUCAAUGUUAAGUGUUGAUCAUGUACAAUCUAAACGUGAACGUGAAUCCUAGUCCAACGGCUGCCGCGGGUCUACUCGGCGUUGCGGCGGCCGAGGUCACACCGAGAACACCGGAGAUUGUAAAUUCAUUAAUUGCUAUGACAAAUCCCUUCGAGGGUUUUGCUAGUGAAAAAUGUCGAGAUAGAACGGACUCGACUAGCAGUGGAGGUGAACCAAGUCCACCCAGUGUCCAGCACACGUGCAGUCAAUUGAUAAAAGAAGGACUCAAAUUGACGCUGCAGACGAAGAGGCGAGCUCAUGGCAGUGGAGAUGAGGGAAAAAAGAAAUCGAGAAAGGAGGACAAUAGUGCUGAUGACGAGGAGGACGACGACUCCAGUAAUCACAAUUUCCGAGCUGGGCUGACACCGGAGGACGAAGAAAGACGCAGAAGACGAAGAGAACGCAACAAAAUAGCAGCGACAAAGUGUAGAUUAAAAAAACGGGAGAAAACAGUGAUUUUGGUGCAGGAAUCAGAAACUCUAGAGUCGCAGAAUCACGAAUUAAAAUCGCAGAUUCAAGAACUGGAGACUCAGAGAAGACGACUGGUGGACAUGUUGAGUCUGCACACACCGACCUGUCUCAAGCAAAGUGUUAAUAACGAGACGUCCUGUCAGCAAUUCAACGAUCCUCUUUACAUACCCAAUUACCAGGAUAAUUAUCCACCACCAGCGCUGAAUCAGCCACAGAAUUGUGUUACUGAAUAUCCGGUAAAAGUCGAGAGCUAUGAGACAUCGGGGCAGGAUUAUUAUAGACAGGACAGUCCGUUUGUCCCUAAUUCUGACGCAGGAUGCACAGUUUAGUCUAUUGUUAUAUUCAUUUUUUAAAAUUUAGUCUCUGCAUAUUCUCGAAACGAACGAUUUCGACACACCUGAAGCCAUAAAAAAACAAUGAUCCUCAGGAAUUUCCUGAAUAACAUUGAAAAAUUGCAGAGAAAAUGAUAAUGCAUUCCAUGAGAAAGUCCACAGAUGCGGAAUGAUAAAAUGUUCGACGUGAGUAGUAAUAUCAGUGCCUUUCUUCCAUCAACAUCGACAAGCUCGAUAUUAAGUUUAAAUGGUGAAAUUUAAAAUCACGUGCUCUCUCUAUCUCUGAGAAAAUUCUUUUUUUUUUUUUUCAAUCACUCCAUGUUUUAGUUCUAAAGCCAAUGUAAAAGACAUUCCUCUCGUUGUAAUUCUACUGUGACAUUCUCAAAUCCGAAAUCCGAGAAAGAAAAAAAAAAUUGACUGCCAGUUGCGUCGAGUACAAGUGCAGGCCACGUGCUCAUAAUGAGUCUCAUCUGAAGAAAUGACGGCCAACUGACGAUCAUUUUUAAAAUCAGUUGUCCAAUGGAUAUUUACUUUUGCCUUCUCACGUAAUUGACGGAGUUGAAUACAAAGUUAUGAAGAUUUAUGCCAUGGUGCUUUAAUACAGAUGAUACCUAUUAUACUAAUAAGUACAUCGUAGAUAUUUAAUUGUUGUUAAGGAUAUUUUAUACGAAAUGUAUCUCUAACGAGUUUUAAGUAUGAAACGUUAAACGUUACUAAGAUUUACACGCUUAAUAUGAAUGUAUUUUUUUAAGAGAAAAUUUUUAUUGCAUUACCUAACAAUAUACCUCAAAUAUAAUGCGCGGAUUAUACUGAGAUAUAGAAAUUGUUACACGACCGACAAUAUUUUUCCAAUUAUUUGUUUGAACGGAAUUUAUCCGAGAAUUCACUGAGCGGUCGUGAAAUCAAUAACAGAAGUUGUACGUUUCCAUAAUUAACGGGAGUUAAUUAAAUAUUUUUUUUCUGCGAAAACGUACAAUUUUUUCCUGCGUAUUCGUGAUUAAAGAAUUCAAUAAUGAAAUGCUUAAGGCCAUGGGAAUAAGGCCAGCUGCUUUUAUUACGGAAUGUUUUCAGAGUAUUUCAAAAGCCUGCGCUGUCUCACCAUCUUUCUCUUUCUUUUUCGAGUCUCGAAAUUAUUUUGGGAAGAAAGAAGAAAUUGGAUAAAUGAUAUUGCGCAUGAAUUUACAUCAAGUCAAAUGGAUAAAAAAAAAACAAACAAAGUGCUUCUUUGUAGCUUUAAUAGCCUGCCAUACGCAUCAAUUCUCAAAAUACUGAUGCAAAUAUUAUAGAUUUCUCGAUUGUUCAAUUUCCAAUGCAUUUUUUAAUGGAAAAUUUUUUUGUUGAUUCGUCAAAUCUGUGGAAGUGAUUUUUUUUUACAACACAAGUGCCUUCGAUACUACUGAUUUCGUUAUAAAUACAUAACAUAUAUGUGAAAAUCUGAAUGAAAUAAAACUCAACCAAAAUAUCGGAAUUACCAUUUGUUUAUUACAAAAUUCAUCAAUCGGUACUCACAUAUAAUCUCUCAUCCAUCUCAGUCAUACUUUAUUAAUUGUGUUUCCACAUAUUCUUCCACGGUGUAAUUAAAAACUCCG